AAUAACAAGUUGAAUAGUGAAAGUGUGUGAGUGUGAGUGAGAGUACUAAGAAAUUAAAAGAAAAAAGAAAAAAAAAAGGGAUUGAGUUCUCUUGGAACUCCCAACACCCAAUCCCGCUUUACUCUUCUUUUUAAUACUUUCCCUUCUCAGUUUUUCCUCCAAUUCUUUUAUUUUAAUUUAUCUGAACCACUAAAUUUCAAAACUGCUCCUCUUUGUUCCUUCUCUGAUCUAGGGCAUUACUAAACCCUAAUCGCCGAUUUCCCCUUAACUUGCUUAUUUUCCCCACUUCCCGCCAUUUCUAUCUCUUACCUCCACUCGCUACUCCUUUAACGUAAAAAAUGGCAGAAGUUGAAGCUGAGAAAAAUUGCGAGGAAGAAACAGUGAAAGGAGGAGAGUUACUGUUUUGUGGUGCUACUGCUUGGGACACUGUUGGUAGAAAGAAAACUGGGAUUGAAGGAAACCUGUACUCUCCUACUAGACUUCGUCCCCUCGUUGGAAUCAACAUUCGCUUUGUGGCUUCUGGUUGUGUUUCUUGCCAUUGUGUGGCGUUGGAUGUUGAUGGUAGAUGCUAUACGUGGGGGAGAAAUGAGAGGGGACAGUUGGGACAUGGUGAUUCCCUGCAGCGGGAUAGGCCCACAGUUGUAUCUGAACUUUCAAAGCGCAAAAUAGUGAAGGCAGGUGCUGGAAGGUCACAUACCGUAGUUGUGACCGAUGAUGGACAAUCCUUUGCCUUCGGUUGGAACAAACAUGGGCAGUUAGGAUCCGGUUCACUGAGAAAUGAAGUUGAGUCUUCUCCUGUACGUUGUAUUGUAUCUGAUGUCACCACUGUUUCAUGCGGUGGAGAAUUCACUACGUGGUUAUCAACUAUUCAAGGAGCUUCUAUACUAACGGCUGGCCUUCCUCAAUAUGGUCAACUUGGUCACGGUACUGACAACGAGUACAACACAAAAGACAGUUCUGUAAGGCUUGCUUAUGAGCCUCAACCCCGUCCGAAAGCAAUAGCCUCCUUUGCCGGAGAAACUAUUGUCAAAGUUGCUUGUGGAUCAAAUCACACAGUGGCUGUGGAUUCCAAUGGCUAUGUAUACACCUGGGGAUAUGGUGGUUAUGGAAGGUUGGGACAUCGAGAGCAGAAAGAUGAGUGGGCCCCACGGCGUGUAGAUGUCUUCAUAAGACAUAAUGUUCUGCCAUCUGAUGCAAUAGUUUCAGCUGGUGCUGCUAAUUCAUCAUGUACUGCUGCUGGUGGGCAGUUAUACAUGUGGGGUAAAAUGAAGAACACUGGUGAUGACUGGAUGUAUCCAAAGCCUGUUAUGGAUCUAAGUGGUUGGAAUUUGCGAUGUAUGGACUCUGGAAAUUUGUUCCAUUUCGUUGGGGCCGAUUCAUCAUGUAUAAGUUGGGGUCAUGCACAGAAUGGAGAAUUGGGUUAUGGACCCGAUGCACAGAAGUCUUCAUCUAUACCCAAGAAGGUCGAUAUCCUUGAGGGCAUGCAUGUUAUCAGUGUGGCCUGUGGAUUAGCACAUUCUAUGGUGGUGGUUGACCGAGCAAAUGUAUGUGACCGUCUUGAUCAGCUUGAUGUAUAUGACGGAAAAGCAUCAGGAGAAGCUGCGGUGGUUGCUGAGCCUGUUCCUUCUGCUAAGAAAGCUCCUAAGAAGAGCAGCACUGACAAUUCGAAGAAGAGAAAGAAGUCAAAAAAGGAUAUAUCUGAGUCAGAAGAGGAAGACCAAGAGAGCGAUGAUGGCAGUUAUGGCGAGAGUGAAGAAGAGGCUGUAAAUGGCAAGGUGGGGAAGAGACAACGAGGGGGGAAAGCAGGGGGUAGAGGUCGUGGGAAGGGCGGCAAGAAUACUCCAACUGAGAAUAAAAGCAGUGGCAGAGGUCGUGGUCGACCUAAAGGUUCGAGUGGGAGAGCUCGCAAGUGAAGUAAGGCGAGAUGACGCAUUAAUUGUUAAUUUACCGCCUAAGAGGGUGGAAAUUUUGCUAAAUAUGUGUAGAGAGGUGUAUUAAUUAGGCCUUUGAACCUAUUAACAUUCCAUUUUUUAAAAGAAAACAAGAAAAGUGGAGUGGAGGAAGAGGCUUUAAGACUCAGGUUCACUAUUCUUAGGCUUGGUGUUUAACUGCUGAGGUUGUGAUCUGAGAAGUGAGUGGAAAUGGUUGUACCUUUAUUUUGGAAAGGAACUUAAACUCUCUUAAUGUGUGCAAGUAAUUGGAAAAAUCAUCAUAUUGUUAUUUAUUUUUUCUGCCCUACUGAAUUUGUCUCAUUUGACCAAAAAAGCUAUUACACAAAUAGUUCUGGUAGUCGGUAUUAAAUGAUGGAAAUGCUAAUGAAAAGUUAGUGUAAUUUUAAUAGGAAUAUCU